AGGCAUGACUGUAAGUGCGAAUGGUUGUUUGUUUCUAUGUGCCCUCGCGAUUGGCUGGCAACCAGUUCAGGGUGUACCCGCCUCCUGCCUGAUGAUAGCUGGGAUAGGCUCCAGCACGCCCGCGACCCUAGUGAGGAGAAGCGGCUCAGAAAAUGGAUGGGAUUCAAUGGAGGUGGUUAAAUGUGCUGUUUUAAAAAACAAAUGCGUACACAAAUAUGGAUGCAUUUGGAAAUGUUUUAAUACAAAACGGUGACCAUUAGGAUUUAUUGUUGAAUUUUAUACAACAUUUUUUUGACAUGAGUGUGCACAACGUAAAGUUGAAUCUGAGCUCUCGGGGGCGUGUCAGAGGGAAGAGUUCCUCAAACCUCACAACUUGAUUUCCUCUUGACAGAAACACCUGACGCGGCGACGGCACUGCUUUCAUUCAGCGUAAAACCAUGCUAGCCACGGCUGUGGUUAGGUUUGCUCAAUACAAUGGCAGUGUCACGUCUACACCACCGGAGAAUAUUUCGACAUUUUCCACCUGGCUACCUGAUUCCGAAGCCAACAUCAGCAAGCCUCACAAGUGUUUACAAAUUCUGUAUGAGGAUGUUGGUGACUCCAGGGUUCGUUUCUGGGACAUUCUUCUCCUCAUACCUAAUGUGGCCUUCUUUGUUUUCCUGAUGUGGAAGCUGCCUUCAGCCAGGGCAAAGAUUCGGAUCACAUCCAGCCCCAUCUUUAUCACAUUUUACCUACUGGUAUUUGUUGUAGCAGCAGUCGGAAUCACCCGGGCCAUUGUAUCAAUGACUGUUAGUGCAUCCAGCUCUGCUACCAUCAUCGACAAAGUAUUAUGGGAAAUCACCCGCUUCUUCUUACUGGCCAUUGAACUCAGUGUUGUCAUUCUGGGACUGGCUUUUGGUCACCUGGAGAGUAAUUCAAGUAUAAAGCGGGUGCUGGCUAUCACUGCUGUGCUUGCACUGGCAUACUCCAUCACACAGGGCACUUUAGAGAUCCUAUACCCGGACAGUCACCUGUCCGCUGAGGACUUCAACAUCUACGGACAUGGAGGGCGACACUUCUGGUUGGCCAGCUCCUGCUUCUUCUUCUUGGUGUACUCUCUGAUUGUGAUCUUGCCCAAAACUCCAGUGAGGGAGAGGAUAUCUCUGCCAUCUAAGAGGAGUUUCUAUGUGUAUGCUGCCAUCCUGUCCUUAUUGAACUUCAUCCAGGGCCUGGGCAGUGCCCUUCUAUGUGCAGGAGUUGCAGAGGGACUGUGCUGUGUGGAUGUCACCACCUUCCUCUACUUCUCUGCUUUCGCGCCACUUAUCUACAUCACAUUCCUCAAAGGAUUUUUUGGCUCAGAACCCAAGAUCCUGUUCUCCUACAAGUCACAGGUGGACGAGGCAGAUGAAAGCGACGUCAACCUUCCACCGACUGUUGCGUCAACCCUUGGUCGCAGGGAGCCCACUGACCAGGGCCUGUAUUAUUCCUCCACCCAAUUUGACGGUGCCAGUCCCAGUAGUACAGGAAUAGUUGGAGCGUAUCUAGACGACAUUGCUUCUGUACCCUAUGGAUCCAGCAGCAUCAACAGCAUUGAAGCUGAUCGUCGGAGGCCCAUUAAUGUCUAAUUCUGUCGUUGUGGUGGUGUCAUGCAUUUGGACUUAAAUGUCUGUAAGUGGUGUGAAGAGUCAAAUGUAACUAUGGUCUUUCAAUGAGACCAGAGCAGGAUAGCUAUGGAUGAAGAUGUAAGGAGGGACAUUUUUCUAUCCAUUUAUUUUGAAGACCGUGACUCUGACAGACUUUUUUUGUUUUUGUUUAACACUGUUGCCAGUGUGCCCAGCUGCUGCAGCUCCUUGUUCAAGCUGACUUUUUCAGAUCUUCUUUCAUUCCGCUUUUCUUCAGCAAUUGCUUUGUCCUCAGUGAGGAAGAUUUCAUCAUUAAAACAGUGAAAAGUCAUAACAUUAUUUCAGAGACACUGAGUAUCAUUUGUACAUUCCCACUGAAACGUUUCAGUAAAUUUCUUUGCUUCCAUGUAUUGGUUGUAUGUCCUAAACUGUCAUGUCUCAAUAUACACAGCAGUGUUGUGUGCUUUUGUGACUGCUAUGGUUUUCCUUUUGAACUAAUUGCUGUUUUGUUAACAAAUGAAAGUGUUGUGUAUUGCUGUGUAAAAAGAAAGUGGAUUGAGAAUAACAUUUUCUGUGGUUCAAUUUAGAGCACCUUGACUGUCUACUGACAAACAACCAUGGUCUUAUCCUUUUUUGUUCUGUUUAUUGUGGUAUAUUUUUGUUCUGUUUAUUGUGGGAUAUGGCAGUCCUACUCCUGGACACAUUGUCUAGGAAUCUAAUGAAAGUAUCGGUAUGAGUCAUUUGAACAGCUUCAAGAGAUGAAGAGGAUCAUGGAUGGCUAAUCCAUGAUCCUCUUCAUCUGAGCUGGAAAUGGCUCAACUGCAGUUUUUUAGUCAAGAGCAAAAGCUGCCUCGUAUUUGUUUUUCACCUUUCAUUGAUGGUUGUGCGAGUGCUUGGAAAUCCAUUGGAAUAGAUGUGAAAGGAUCUCUGAAUUAAAACUACAAAGUGUUCACUGUGCUAACCUGUAUGCUGAAAACUGCAAGGUUACGUUUGAAUCUAUUUCUUAGCUGAUGCAAUGUUUUCUAUUCAAAAUGGUUUGAAUAAUGCUUGACUGGAGUAUCUGCUCUAUCAUUACACAGAUUAUCUCUAAAAUGCUUAAAAUUGGAUUCCAUGGAUCGUAAAAUAUCAAUUGCUCUGUCAAAUUACACAAUGCUAUAUAAAGAAAAAAAGAUCUAUGGGUUAAUUAAUUUUUCAUCUAUUCAUGUUUCUUUAAUAUCUGGACAUUUUAGUUAGAUAAAAUGAAACUACUUAACAUGCCAAAAAUCA